GAGUCCCAAGGUGGGUGUGUCUCUAUAACAGUGAGAGAGAGAGAGAGACAGAGAAAUAUAAACACUGUGCGCAUCACCCUCCACUGUCCAAGGAGAUCAACACAAGCAAACACCAAACCUGCAUUUCCCUCUCUCUCUCUCUUGCUCUCUCUAUCUUCAUCUUGAACUGCUUGAAUGGUUAUGCUACUGUGCUCUUGUUGAACUGUGAGAUUUGAGAUUCUCGGAUCGUUCAAUGGAUCCGGCGGCGAUGAUGAACGGAGGCGCCAACACGGCGUCGUAUCACCUGGCGGAGAUCUGGCAGUUUCCGCAUCCGGUUGCUGGUGAUUCCGGCGGCGGGUUGGGGCUGAGAAGGCCGCAGUUCGGACACGGGUUUGGUGAUUUUACUACGUGUCCGACCCGGGAGGAUCCGGGUUCUGACCCGGUUAGUUCGGAUCACAGGCAAGCUUUAACGGUGAGCCUUGGCCGGAAGCGGCGCGACUCCGAGGAGGAAUCUGUUAAGGGUGUCUCCACCAGCAAUGGCGGUGGCAAUGGCGUGAAUGAUGGUGGUGGUGAUGGGAAGAGGAUGAAGAUAUCAGGGAACAGGAAUGAGAGCAGUAAAGGAGGAGAAGCAGAAGUCAGUUCAGGAAAGCCUGCGGAGCAAACUAGUAAGGCACCACCUGAGCCUCCUAAGCAAGACUAUAUCCAUGUCCGAGCUAGAAGGGGUCAAGCUACUGAUAGUCACAGUCUUGCUGAAAGAGCUAGAAGGGAAAAGAUUAGUGAAAGGAUGAAAAUUCUUCAGGAUUUAGUUCCUGGUUGUAAUAAGGUUAUCGGGAAAGCAUUGGUCCUCGAUGAGAUAAUCAAUUAUAUUCAAUCACUUCAGCGCCAAGUUGAGUUCUUGUCAAUGAAGCUUGAAGCAGUAAAUUCAAGACUGACCCCUGGCAUUGAAGUGUUUCCUCCUAAAGAUUUUGAUCAGCAAACAUUUGAUACAGCCGCCAUGCCGUUCCCUUCACAAGCUACCAGAGAGUAUAGCCGGGGUUCAUCACCAGAGUGGUUACAUAUGCAGGUUGGAGGUGGUUUUGAAAGAGCAACGUAGUCUAUGAAAUCCCAUCAAAUUAUAAUAAAUGCAUAUAGGAUCUGUAGUUUCUCCUUCUGUGCUCUCCAAAAUCAUAUACUCCUGGUUUUAAAGUCCAAAGGACGCUUCAUCAAGUUUUCUACACGAGGCAUGGAGCUGUUAUUUGUUUACACAGGUUUGCUUCAUCUAGUAUUUAAGCAACUCCAUUUGUUAGUCUGUUGGAAAAUGAAUUCAUUUACCCAAUAUGUAACUUAUUGAACUGGACUAUAGGCUCUCUAUGCGGAUACUCAUAACCUUGAAAAUGGUUAUUAUUGUUGUAAAAGAAUGUUGCUUGUCCUGAAUACAUAAUGCUUAUAUA